AAUUAAAAAUAAUAAAAGUACAUAGUAAAAAUCAAUAUUAAAUAUUUUCAACUCAUGCCGCCCUAAUUUCAUUCUGAUUCAACGCAGCGCCGCUUCUAUCUUCUCUCCCUCUAUUUUCUUUUAAUUUCUUCAUCUUAUCUCCUCUCAAAAAAAAAAUCUUCAUCUUUUCUCUCUGCGUCGUCUUCUUCAAAAUAAGAUCUUUUAUGGCUUGACUAACAUCGCAUCUUUGUUGCUAUAUAUGAGUUGAUUCAUAGAUCUCAUCGGCAAUGGAUAUAGUAGUAGAAGGUUAUGGGCGACUGAGAUGCGAUGGUGCAGAUGUAACUGGAACACACCGUCACACUCCAUUUCUGCUAAGGAGUUCAAUUUGUGACUCUGAAUCAGUUAAAAUGGGCUACGUACAAGAAGCCAGAGAAAAUCACGUCAAGAAGAAGGUCGAAGAAGCUUUGCGCAGUAAGAUGAAACAGAAAGCACUAAAAGAAUGCGAUCAAUACGUGUCCAAAUAUGCUGAAUGUGCUGUAGGCAGAACAUUGUUCGUUGUUUGGAAAUGUCGCGGUGAAGCUAAGGAAUUGAAUACAUGCCUCCAUCAGUACCCUAUCGACAAUCCUCCAUUCGCAACCGCCAACUUCCACAUCGCCUCAACUCAUAUUUGAUCGAGCACAUUUGGGCUCGUUUUUGGUAGGUAUAUUAAUAAUUUAAUACUUCAGCCACGUUUAUUUCGAUGCAUCACCUUGUUAUUCAAAAAACAAAAGUAUGCUACACACACUAACCACGUAAUUUCCUGUGUUAAACCGUCGAGGACUCGAGGGGAAUAAUUC